UUGAACAUAGAAAGCAACAAAAAAAAUGGCAUUCCAAUUGCAUAAUCUCAUCAAAAUAACUUUCACCCUUCUCUUCAUCUCAACUCUAAUUCAAUCCACAACAUCUACAUACAACACCACCACAAAUUCCACAUCAACAACCUACAAAAAGUUCUUAAAGAACCAAUGCACCUCAACCACAUACCCUAAGGUUUGCUACAAGUCACUUUCCCCGUACACAUCAAAAAUCAAAACAAAUACAUUAACACUCACCAAAAUCGCUAUCUACCUAGCGUUAAAAUCGGCAAGAAGUGCAUCCCUUACAUUGAAAAACCUAAGCUCCAAGAAACUAACACAUGCCGAGACAUUGGUUGUCGCCGAUUGCAGUGAAAACGUCGAUGACACGGUGGAUUCGCUCGAGCAAUCGGCGGACGGGCUUGUGCAUUUGAAUGGUACUAGAACUAGUGAUGAGAGGUUUCAAUGGGAUACUAUAAAGACAUGGAUGAGUUCGGCUAUAACAAAUGCGGGGACAUGUACGGAUGAGUUUGAUGAAAUGGAAGUGAGAUCUUCGGUGCAAAAGAGGAUUAAAACAAGUGUUGGGAAUCUUGCUUCAUUGACUAGUAAUGCUCUUGCUUUUGUAAAUAGACUUGACUAUUAAAUUCAUGGUUUUAAAUCAUGGUUGCAUCUAUAAUGUGAAUCUUUAUAUUGCGAUAGAAUAUGUGAAAAUACAAUGUUAUAUUGUGAUUGCAUAUACUAUUAUAGAUCUCAAUUUGAAACUAUAUUAAUCAUUCAGUCAAGAAAAUUAUUGUAUUAAAUGGUAUAUGUUUCUAUAUAUACUACAAUUAGAUGUGUAAUUAUAUUUUUUUGGGAGUUUAUAAACUUAUGUUGUGAUGGUUGUUUCUUGUGUUAA